AGAAUGACGCUUGCAUGUUUUGCUAGGUUUUUCUCCGAGAGGACGAGCGACGAACGGCUUGGAUGUUUUCAAAACCAGCGAUGAACGUCACACAGCCGUAGGCUACGGUUAACGUCCAGUAUUUAGGAAAUUAACUGUUAAUAUUGCGCAAUAGUCACAUAUAGCGGAACCUGAAUGAGUCGGUGGGAACGUGUAACCCCUUUUAAAGGUGCAUGAUGAACCUACUGUGCUGUAGCUGUCUAAGCUAGUCAGGUUGCCUCACCAUGGCAAAACCUGGGAGCGACAGAGAUGGAGCCAUGGUGGAUAAGCAGGCGGGGAAGAAGAGCAAAGACAAGUUGUCGCCUUUCACCAAAACUCCAAAGUUGGACCGGAGUGAAUUGCUGGGGAAGGAAGGGAAAGCAAAGUCUUCCAUGAAGCGCAAGCUCUCCUUCACUACCAGUCCGCCCCAGGCAGAGGAGCGAGACUCCGACACGGAUGACUCAGACCCAGGCCAGUCGAGUGAGACCUGGGGAGAGAGAUUAGUGCCUCCCUGCAGGAUAUACGCAGAUAAAGAUGGACCAGACAAGAAGAAGGUGAAAAAGGAAGCUGGGGGCAAGAAAUCCCAGGCACCCAACUUUUUGUUUGGGUAUCCGCUGUCGGAGCGCAAACAGAUGGCUCUCCUAAUGCAGAUGACAGCCAACAGUCCAGACUCUACACCGAGUCACCCCUCACAAACGACCCCAGUGCAGAAGAAAGUCCCCAGCAGCGCCUCGUCUCGGCAGAAAGACAAGGUCAACAAGAGGAACGAGCGAGGGGAGACUCCCCUUCACAUGGCAGCAAUCCGGGGAGACGCUAAGCAAGUUAAAGAGCUCAUUAGCCUGGGAGCUGAUGUCAAUGUCAAAGACUUUGCAGGUUGGACGCCUCUGCAUGAAGCCUGUAAUCUUGGUUACUAUGAUGUGGCCAAGGUCUUGAUAGCAGCGGGUGCAGAGGUGAAUACGCAGGGUCUGGAUGACGACACACCACUUCAUGAUGCUUCCAGCAGCGGGCACAAAGAUAUUGUGAAACUUCUGCUUCGUCACGGCGGUAACGCUUUCCAAGCCAACAAGCGCGGCGAGCGCCCGGUGGAUGUGGCAGACUCUCAGGAGCUGGAACAGCUAUUAAAGGGAGAAGGGGCCGUGUCGGACCAUGAUGACAGCUCUUCAGAAUCUGAAGACCCGCCAUCUGUCAAUCCAUCCAGUGUCGAUGACAACAUGGAAGACUCUGAUACUGAAAAGGACUCUGCCACGAAAGCAUCGUCUUCCAUGCCGGGGAUGGAUGAGUACGAAUUUAAGGACGAGGAAGAGGAGGACAAUCUCAGUAAAGCCCUGAAUGACAGACACAUCCUCAGGAGGGAGCUACGACAGCCGGAGAAGGAGGAAAAAGACAGGAAUCACGUUGCAGUAAAGCAAAGCAACAAGGGGGAUUCCUCAUCAAAGUCCAAGAAGCAGAAGACGUCUCGUGUCCACUGCAGCUCGGAUACCUCCAGCGACGAAACGGAGAGCCUCUCAGAGAAGAGAAGCUCCCCCACCUGCUCUCAUAGCUCGGAGAAUGUCAAGCCGGACACGAGGUCGAAAAAGGACAAUACUGAGCAAAAGGACAAAGGUAAAGUUAAGAGGAAGAGCAAGAGCCAGAAUAAAAACAAAGAAAACCAAGAAGAUGGGAAAGAAAACAGCAAAACGCUAGUCCUCUCUCUGGCAACGGUGUCUGAAAGCACAGAGAAGGGCCGGGAGGAAGACUCUUUCAAGAUGUCUUUCAGUCCCAAAGAUGACUCAUCCGUCCACCUCUUCCACUUGUCAGCCAUCAAAUCUCCUAAACUGAACCACAGCCUGACAGAUAAACAGACACCACUCAAACAGGAAAAUGCAAAGAUGUGCGUUUCUAUCACUGACAGCUCGUGUCCAGUGGACGGUGUCAAAUACAACCACUACACAGACGCAGACUACUGCACUGAAGGCUCCAGCACGAAGGGGUGUAAGCACAAGGAAAAGAGCAAACAUCAACAGAAAGACUCCAGUGUGGACGGCGACGACGGCCACUCGAGCCCCUACAAAGACGGCAGCAUAGGAAACAGCAUAGACAGCGAGGGUGCCUUACGGAAGACUGAUUUGGACGGAAAAGUCGUGAAGAAGCAUAAAUUUAAACACAAAGAGAAAGACAAACACCGCAGGGAAUAUGAGGCAGAGCGGAGCCGCCAAAGGCAAAAGGAGGCCAGGAAAGACAGCCACAGGAAUUUGGAAUUUGACAGAGAGUUCUGGAAAGAAAAUUUUUUCAAAAGUGAUGAGACAGAUGAACCUCUGCCAGUAAAAAAGGAAAGUGAAGACAACAGCUCGCUUCAGAAGACUGCUGAUUCCUCUCCUGUGAAAGAUGAGCGAAACCCAAAGGAGAAACACUCCGGCAGCAAGGAAAAGAGGCCAAGAGAGGAGCGAGAAAAAGACAAGAGCGUGAAAAAGGAGCGGAAGGAGGCGGCAGGAAGAGAAGAGAAGGUGAAGGAUUCAAAGCUCAGCGAGCAUGACGAAAAGGUGGACUGCCAUGGCUCAGGGCGGAUUCCUGAGGAGUCGCAGCAGAGCAACAGCAUGAAAGAAGAGACAGAGGAGAAACCCAUAAGUGGGAUCACAGCUGAUCAAGAACAGCUGGAGCCUGCAGAAAAAGGCUCACGCGAGAAAACUGACAAGAGGCUCCCAGGAAAGGAAAAGGACUCAGACAAAAUGGAGAAAAGGCAUCUUGACAAGGAAAAAAAGGUCAAAACAGAGCACUCUGACAAAACCGAACCACAGAACUCAGUGGAUCGUUGGAAGGAAAAGGAGCGCGCGGGAUCCAUCUCUUCCGUUUCGCCUGGAGAGAAAAGCUACAAAGAAAACGAGAAGCUGAAAUCUUUAACCACAACAAAAAAGCAUGAAGACAGCAGGAAAAGUAAAGAUAAGUUUGACAAACGGUCUGAUAAGGAGAGGCAGGACAGAGACUAUAAUGCCGGGGAUCACAGAGAAAAGGAUCGCACAAGCUCUGAUAGGAAAGGAAAACCUCUGGAGAAGACCACGGAUCACAGUAAAUCUGAUCGCGCCAAAGAAAAGGACUUUGACAGGAAAAGAAGAGAUAAAAUAAAAGAUGGAACGCUGUCCUCGACCUCCAAUCUGAAAUUACUUUUAGAGGAGAAGAAAAGCCAUCUUUCUGAGAGCGGCAAGUCCUUAUCUACAAAAUCAAAGGAGGAAGCAGUGAGAACGCCGGAGAAGGAUCGCGAUAGGCGAGACCGUGACAAAGACUCGGAUAGACACAAGGAUAAAGAGCGACACAAAGACCGCUCCCAGCAGGCCAAAAUCAGCAAGGCCAAAUCCAGUGAGACGGAGGCAGACAAGGCCAAAUUGAAAGCCCCGCCAGCAAUACGAGACACCAAACCAAAAGAAAAGAGGCUUGUGAACGAUGACCUGAUGCAGACCAGCUUUGAGCGCAUGCUCAGCAUGAAGGAUCAAGAGAUUGAGCUGUGGCAUCGGAAGCACCUAGAAAAACUCAAACAGAAAGAGCGGGAAAGGCUUAAACAGCGGCCUGUGGCAGAUCCAGGGAAGUCCAAGCCUAAAGACAGAACAAAAACAGAACCAUGCUUGAGUAAGGAGCUAACACGCUCAAAAAGCUCUGAUACAUCUGAUGUCCACAGCAGAGAUAAAUCCCUGAAGGACGGCACUAGCCCCAGAACGGUGUCACUUGAUGGGAAGAGUCUGCCCUCUAUCAGCGCAAAGGUCAUAUCAGCCGUGGAAAACUGUCUGACGAGAUCACCCCGUCCUGAGAAUGACCGUUGUGGCAUCAUUUCCAGGUCUGUUUCUUUAGUCUCUGUUGCCAGCUCGGAGGAUUCGUGCCAGGCAACGACAUUAACUCCCAGAAAUGCCGAAUACGAUUCUGACGUAAACAUGGAAGCCUCAGACUCCCAGCCUGCAUUUCUCCAGUCUUCCCUCGUCAUUCAAGCUACAAGGUCGCCGUCUGUUCACGAUAAAGACUGCAACAGUCUUCCAGAUGUUUCACAAGGUAAUCGAGUGAUGUCCGGCAGGCAUGAAUCUCCUUACCUCAGGGCUAUUCUGGAUGAGGAUGCCAACUCAUCAACUGAAGGCAAAGCUGUUGAAAAUCUGCCAAAAUCCAACCUGACUGCGAUCCCAGCAGAGGAGCCGAGAAUGAAGGAGGCCUCAGAAACCGAGGAGAGCCUGAGUACACAACAAAAUUCAAAUUCAGUUACCGAUUCAGUCACAGAGGGGGAAGGAAGCACUGCUGGAUGCUCGACAACACAACUGUUAAAUAAAGAUCUUCCCAGUAAAAGCGUGACUCUUCCACAGUCCAGCAGCUCACAGUGCAGUAGUUCUCAAAGUGGGUCGGCGGAGCAGAAACCUCUUCCUCUAUCUGAGCCUCCUGCUGUCCAAGACAUCCAGUGUCAGAUGGAGACUUCACAGGCAGAAUGUGUUACUAAAGAAUCUGAUCAGCUGUCAGUACCUACAGCUUCUCAAGCUGCUGAGCUGUCAGCACUCACAAACACAAAGCUCUUCCAGCAUAGAGAACCACUCCCGUCUUCUGGUAUUGAGAAUCAGCAGCAGGCCGAGUUGGUUACCACGGAGGUUUCUGACCAAAAAGACACACUCGUGGAGACCGCUCACGGAACAGAACCAGAAAAUAUGGAAACGGAUGCAGAAAACUUGACAACAGAAGCGGCGGGGAGUCCCAUACCGUCCACCAGCUCGCACAUUCCCACCUCUGCUGCCAGAGAAUCCUUAACGGGUUUCAGCAGAUCCGAUGAGUCCAGGUCUUCUCAAGAGGAUGCCGAUGCAAGUGGCCAAGACUGCAAGAAAUCACAGCCUUCCAGCGACAUCUCAUGCCCAUGUCUCGAUGCUCUUACGGAAAAGGAAAGCAUGUCCUGUUCGAGCCCUGAACACAAGACUGAAGGGACAGCAGAUGUACCACAAAGCUCGCACAACAGCGGUGGUGGUGCUGCUGUCUCUUCUGCAACUGAGAGUUCAUCCGUUGAAGGCAGCCUGAGUACAGACAGCUCACCUGAAUCCAAAGCAGAGACCUCCUCGGAGCCCAUGGAGGUCACACCUGCCGAGGAGAAACCAGAGUCGUCCUCAGCUCUAGAAGAGCAGAGCCAAAGCGCUGUCCAGUCAGCAGAUCAAACUGACGUCAGCAGCAGCGCCUCAGGGAGUUCCUCUCCGCAAUCCGGAGACCGGGAGUCCGACUCCUCAGGGGCGAAGCUCAAGAUUCGCGCAGCAGACGAGGAAAUGGACAUUAACGUGCCCCAUCCACGCAAGAGGAAGAUGCCGAAGGUGUCGCUCUCCCAGCCGUGCUCCACCACUCAACAAGAGAGGGAACAGCAGUCGCUAGCGGCUAUCGUUGACUCUGUAAAGCUGGAGGAGAUCGAACCUUACCAGUCGGACAGGGCUAACCCAUACUACGAGUUCCUGCACAUCCGCAAGAAGAUCGAGGAGAAGCGUAAAGUGUUGUGCAGCGUCGCCCCGCAGCCGCCGCAGUAUUAUGACGAAUAUGUGACCUUUAAUGGCUCAUACCUCCUAGACGGGAACCCACUCAGCAAACUCUGUAUACCAACUAUAACUCCUCCUCCGUCAUUACCUGAGCAGCUCAAAGAGAUGUUCAAACAGCAGGAGGUGGUCCGCAUGAAACUACGACUGCAACACAGCAUUGAAAGGGAAAAGCUGAUUGUUUCAAACGAGCAGGAGGUCUUACGAGUCCAUUACCGGGCAGCAAGAACACUAGCCAAUCAGACUCUGCCUUUCAGUGCCUGCACCGUUUUAUUGGAUGCUGAAGUGUACAACAUGCCGCAGGACGUCCAGAGUGAUGAUGGCAAAACAUCAGUAAGGGACCGAUUCAACGCCAGGCAGUUCAUGUCGUGGUUACAAGAUGUCGACGACAAGUUUGACAAACUAAAGACGUGUCUUCUGAUGAGGCAGCAGCACGAGGCAGCAGCUCUGAACGCAGUGCAGCGCUUGGAGUGGCAGCUCAAGCUGCAGGAGCUGGACCCGGCCACCUACAAGUCCACCAGCAUCUUUGAGAUCCCCGAGUUCUACAUCCCGCUCGUGGAGGUCAACGACGACUUUGACCUGACCCCGAUAUGAGCUGUAGGACAGACGCGCUUUGCCACAGCGGCAGCUAAAUUGCUGACACGAGCGGGCAGCCUGCACAAUCGGGGAACAGGAAAGGAAAAAAUGUGAAGCACUUAUAAUGAGGCAGUGAUAAAAAAGAGCACUUAAAAAAGAGACCGUUUUAAUUCCAGAGCUCUUAGAGUCCAAAACAGGCCGCCCGCCCACGAGGACGGGGAAGGAAGACCGUCCAGGCAACAGACGUAGCCGGGGAGCCGAGACGAGAAGCAGGGCCAGGCGGUGCAGCGAGAGGAGGCGCCGUGUGGACGACAACACCUCAUCAAGCAGGGUCACACAAGUGAAAGAUUUCAAUUGUUUUCAAACUGAGUGUUCAUACAUUGUGUACAGACUGUGCUCUUAAUUUUUUUUAACUUAUUUUAUACAUAAAUUGUGCAUUUGUAAAUAGCCAUGUAAUUAUUGUUUUAAACUUGUAAAAAAACAACAAAAAAUGAUAGAUAUUUUGAUUGUAAACUUGUUCUGUCUGAUGUUUUAAUGGACCAAAGUUCUUUUCCCCCCCUUUUUUUCCUUUUUUUGAUAUCGAGUGUCCUCUUUGUUUGUGAUGUUGUCGUUGGCUUAAAAUCUUAAGCAUGUGUUGGCUUCGGUUGCUUCUUCUUCUUUCUUUUUUUUCUGUUUUGUUUUUGCUGUUUCUUCCUUCCUCAUCUGGACAUCCACGCCACAGCUGGUGUUCUUUGACUUUGGCAAUUAAAUGCUGUGCAUGCGUUGCAUUGUUUGUACUUUUUUCCUAAAGAGCUGUACUGUGGACUUAAUUGUGAGGUUUACUGAAGUGUUCAGACUUUUUUUUUUUUGUUGUUUUUCUUUUUCCCCUUUUUUGCGCCAUUGUGUUAUGUCCUUAUUGUGGCCUCACUCCUCAUGUUGUUCAUUGUGUCUUGUGCACAUUAAAGUCUGUUGUGGCUUCCAAGGAAACAAAAAAACAACAAAAAAAAAAUCAUACUUUUACAGUUUCAUUGUGAGAUCACAACAAAUCCUAUUUUUUCAGCAUAAUGCCUUUUGAACGAUAGUUCUAAAAAAGUCUAUUUUAAUAUUUACUUGUUACAUGACUUGUAGAUAUUUGUAAUAUAUAAUUGAAUAAAUUUUAUUUGUUGUGAAAUUA